CAAACAGCGCGCUCCUCAUCGCCUCCUCGUUCGGCGACGGCGCCCUGCAGACCGCAGUUCGACUCGGCAGGCAGCUGGCCAACCGCCGAGCCGGCGGACCACCAGACUCGGAGACCUCCUCCGCAAAUGCGAGCCAGCAGGCGCCCUUGACUCCUGUGGUUGCAGUUCCCGCCUGCUCUUCUUCCAGAGUUCCCGCUGCCCGGCUUCGGCGGUUGGCGGCUGGUGCGGAGGCGUCCGCAGGAUUACGGCGGCAUCCGCAGCAACCAGGCCCCGGGCCUAUCCAGCACGCAAGCACGGUGCACGGCAGUGCCCGUCGCCGGUUCGCCCCUCUACACUGCGUUAGUGCUUUGCGUAGCACAGCGGCUCGGGUAGCUGUACUAUAAAUUAUAAAAGCACUGCACAUUGAAGUGUCAAUUGAUUCAUCCCUUUUUUGAUUGCCGGUUAUUAGCUCUUGAUGAUUAAUUCCAGUUGCAUCACAUUCUGUACGAGGCUACGAUAGAAUACAAUGGAAGAAUAUCUUAAAAAAGAUAUCUCGAAGUACGGGAACUAAAGAGACCCCUGCUGAGAAAAAAAAGCCACGCAUUUAGUUUGAUGAUAGUAUGAGAUUUCUACCCUCAGUCGGCAGAAUAUAAAUUUGUUAUGAGCAUAAAAGCAUGUUCCGAGCAGUUUCAAACCUUUUGGCUUUGGCCAAACGCUGCCCCAUCAGCCGGCCUGCCUCUUCUGUGACCAAGCAGUGAAAACAACCAACCAUGUGCUUUCUUCCUGUGUGUUUGCCUAGGAGGUCUGGUCCGUCUGGACUUUGGUGCUACAAAGAUUAAAUCCGAUUGUGAGGCCGCUUGAUGCUGAUAGUUAAAUUCCUUGUGGUGUUGAGCAUCCACAUCUUUGCCUAAAGAGGCAUGGAAGGGAUUUUGGCCAUGUUUGAAUGCACCGGAGCUAAUAGUUAGGCAAGUUAGCUGCUAAAUUAAGUUGUAGACAUUCAAACAGUCUAGCUAAUAGUUCAACUAUUAGCUAAUUUUAGCAAAUUAGCUAAUAGUUAGCCAGCUAAUUUAACUAGUAUUUUUUUAUCCAACUAACCAUUAGUUCUAGUGCAUUCAAACACUCCCUUAAUUCCUUGGUGGUGCUAGUCUCCUAGGAGCUGGUGAAGCAUAGGGAAUGCCUGUGUUAUUUAGAGAGUUAGACCGGAUACACAAAGUGUGAUUUAGUCCGUGGCCAUUGAAUGGCAUUUGUGGUGUCUGGCUGGAGGGUUGCCCCUCCAGGAUUUUGUCCUGAGGGCUGGCUCCUAAGGGUCGUGGUUGUGUGCCUAUCUUGCUUUUGCAAGUGUGUGUUGUAUUGUUUUCCUUGGGGGCUUUUAAACCCCUAGGGGAAUACCUCUUUCCUUUCUUGAUAAAAUGACACGCAGUUCUGCUGCGUGUUUCAAAAAAAAUAUUUUUGUCAAACUAUAAGAUCAAAACAAAAGAUCAAUAACUUGUUUCAAUGUUAGUUCUAUACAUCUCUUUGCAUGUGUAUCACCAACUCUACAAUGAAAUUCCUCAUGGAGAAAUGGUGCUCGAUCUGUCACUAUUCACUACCUUAACAAAGUUCUUAUGUGGCUGGUCCUUAAUGACUUCUGCUGAUGAAGUAGCCAGGAUUCGAAACCCCAAACAGUACUACUGAAAGUAGCUGGUUCUGCAAAUUAGCAAAGUACUUAAUUUCAGUUACAAUUUACAAGAGAAGGUUCUUGAUGGUUUUAACUGAUUUAGCUGGUUUGAUGUAACAUUGUCACAAGGACAUACAGAAAUUCAGAGGAAAUCAUGUCUUUUUUCCAAUCAUCUCUUGACUUAAAUCAUUAUGUGCAAUCAGCAUUUAAAUCAAAUAAUACAUUUGACUGUUCGGUUAUGGGAACCAUCUGAAAAUGUUUUGUCUAUUUCUUUUCUGAUGCAGGAAUGUUUCUUCUAUCAUUGAUGGCUAAUGGGUCGUUAGAAGAGCACAAAGAUUUAUAUCUCCAAUGAUCCUGUCACGGUGGCUCAAAUGCACUGCUGAAUGGUUCAGGCACAGUAAGGAUUUAUCGCGGGAAGUUCCUUCUUGCAACUACUCCGUACUCGCUUCAGUUCACCAUGAUGACUCAAGCGGUGAUGAAAGGCUGAAUUAUGCUUCUGAUAAUGAGCCUAUCCAGAAACAGCAGAAGUCUUUGAGCUCUUACAGUGUUGUGCAGGCUCUCCGCUGCCUAAGGAGGAAGCCUGCAGUUGCAUUUGCCUACUUUAAAGAUAUACAUAGCCUUGGUUUUAACCAUGACUUCUCAACCUACUCAGAGAUCAUACAAAUUUUAUCCCAUUCAUUCCAGGGGAAGAUGUUGGUAUCCUUGUUUUGUGAGAUUCUUUCGGGAACUGCUAAUGGUGACCCAGAAAUCUUAACACUUAUUGGUCACUUGAGCAAAACUUGUGCCACUUCUCACAUACUCUCAUAUGCAGUCAAUUGCUUAAUCAAGGCAUACACUAACAGCCACGACGUACAAGAAACAGUAGAGAUGUUUUGUCACCUUUGCAGGCUUGGAUUUGUUCCUACACUUUGGGCUUGCAGUUUCCUUAUCAAAUUUGUAUCCCAGAGUGGUGAUUCAGAUAUGGUUGUUAGAGCUUAUGAUCAAAUGAAGUGCUUUCAGUUGAUGCUGGAUACUCAAUCAUUGAACAUAGUCAUUAGGUCGUUUUUUGAAGUAAAUAAGGCAGAAGAAUCAUUUCAAGUGUGGGUUAGGAUGAUUGAAAUGGGAAUGAAACCUGAUGCACAUGGAUACUCAUCAUUUAUAAUUGGCCUUUGUGAUUGUGGAAAGUACGAUCUAGCUUAUAACAUGGUAAGCAAAUACACUGUUCUUCAUGAGAUCACCCAGGAAAGGGUUGCAAUUGAGUCCAUCGCUUAUAAUAUGGUAAUUGAUGGACUAUGCAAAGAAAUGAAACUGGAGGAGGCUGAAAAAGUCUUGGACAUCAAGACCAGACAUGGAUCUACCCCUGAUCUAUAUGGUUAUAGCUAUCUCAUUCGUAGUUAUUGCAAAAUGGGUAACUUAGAAAAGGUGUGGCAUUAUAUUGAAGCCAUGGUAUCCCAUGGCAUCGAGAUAAAUUGUUACAUUGUUGGUUACCUUCUACAGUGCCUCAAGAAGCUAGGCAUGAUAUCUGAAGUUAUUGUUCACUUCCAGAAAUUUAGAGAUCUAGGACUCCAUCUUGACGGCGUUCUUUAUAACAUUGCUAUGGAUGCUUAUUGCAAGCUUGGGAACAUGAAUGAGGCAGUUAAGCUACUAACUGAAAUGAUGGCGGGAGGUUUGGUCCCAGACAAAAUCCACUAUACAUGCCUGAUCAAUGGUUAUUGUCUGAAAGGAGAAAUGGAAAAUGCCUGGCAAGUAUUUGAGCAGAUGCUGAAGGAAAAUGUAAAACCAGAUGUAGUAACAUAUAACAUAUUGGCCAGUGGGUAUAGCAGGAAUGGCACUGUUAUUAAGGUAUAUGACCUUCUUGAGCACAUGAUGAAUCAAGGGUUGGAGCCUAAUUCACUCACCUAUGGUGUAGCUAUUACUAGUUUUUGUAGAGGAGGCAACUUGAGCGAAGCAGAGGUAUUAUUUAAUAUAGUAGAAGAAAAAGGGAUAGAUAAUAUUGAACUGCUGUACAGUUCUAUGGUUUGUGGUUAUUUGCACUCGGGCUGGACUGACCAUGCUCACGCACUUUUUCUUAGAGUUGCUAAACAAGGAAAUAUGGUGGAUCAAUUUUCAUGUUCAAAAUUGAUAAAUGGCCUCUGCAUAGAUGAAAAGGUUGAGGAGGCUUCAACCGUGUGUAGUAUGAUGCUGGAAAAGAAUGUUAUUCCUGAUGUAAUUUCAUAUAGCAAACUUAUUUCAGCUUAUUGUCAGAACAGAGAUAUGCACAAUGCUCACUUAUGGUUCCUUGAUAUGGAUGAAAGAGGACUUUCUGAUGUCAUUGUAUACACUAUACUGAUGAAUGGUUAUUGCAAGGUUGGUCGGUUGCAAGAAGCAUGUGACUUAUUUGUUCAAAUGAUAAAUUUAGGAAUCAAGCCUGAUGUAGUUGCAUACACAGUGCUAUUGGAUGGCCACCUAAAGGAGACCCUACACCAAGGGUGGCAGGGUAUCGCUAAGGAAAGGAGGAUCUUUUUUCUUAGAACAAAGCAUAAGACAUUGCUGAGCUAUAUGAAAGACAUGGAGAUCGAACCUGAUGUAACCUGUUACACAGUAUUGAUUGAUGGACAGUGCAAAGCAGAAUAUCUAGAUGAAGCACGUGAAUUGUUUGAUGAGAUGUUAGCGAAAGGACUUACCCCUGAUGUUUACGCGUACACAGCUCUUAUAAAUGGAUACUGUAGCCAGGGAGAGAUAGCUAAGGCUGAAGAUCUUUUACAAGAAAUGACAGAUAAGGGAAUGAAGCCAGAUGUACUGACCUUUUCAGUAUUACAUCAGAGAACUUUGAGACAUCGAAAGGCUCAUUCAUACUCAUGAUGUCCAAUGGCUGUGUGUUAAUGAAUGCCAUUUGGCUGAAGGAGGGUCAUGCCAACAAAAAAGACAGUUGUGUUCUUAGGAUCCUACCUGAUUCGGUUAUUGGUGCUAGUGAUCGGUGGGCCUAUGUCAGGAAUGUGGACACCUGGAGCAUGGAAAGAUUGCUCUCUCAGGGUCAAGGAGAAGAACAUAAUGCACUUACUUUCGUUGUCGGUAUCAACGACUACCAAUGGAGCUGUGCAAACACCAUCCUGGCUAAGUUGUCUGUGGCAGUGGCACCUCCACCAUUUAUGGGGGUUUACUGGUUUAUUUUGUGGCUGCAACUAGUGGAUUCUCAGACAACCAAAAGCAAGAAAACAGGUCCUGGAGGCUUGGGGGGCUCUCGAUGCUCCUGAUUCCAUGCUGUGCCACAUCCAUUAAGCUGUAAUGAGAGGGCAAGCUGAUUGUUGUUGGGGAUUCUCACUGUCUGAAGACAGCCUCUCUUGCAGAAACACUGAUGUGUGUUUGUGUCCCCAUCAGUAGGUAACAGACUUAAGCUUUAUGGGCAAUGAAGGAUCCCCAGUCUUUUGUUCAGAGAUAAUAUCUCCGAAGUUAAGAGACAUGGGCCUGUUGUUGUAUGUUGAAACGGACCAAUUCAUUGGUCCUACUCACAACUGUUAGAAAUGUAUUAGGGUUUAUGGGGUAUUUACCAUUUCACCCCUCUGUCUGUAAUGGGCCAGGCCCAACUCAGUCUACUAUUAAUAUACAGGCCCACCCUAGUAUAGGGUUAGGGUUUCAUUC